AUGAGUGCGAGACACCAAAGGGCAAAGUAUGUUUACAUAUAUUUUGACACACUAAAUGUCUAUAAUUAUGAAAAAAUGAAUAAAUGCAUGAAAAAAUGUUCACCUGUACCAUUUACCUAUUCACCAAAAUCUUCGCGGAAUAGAUUCUCGUGUUCGUAUGCGCCUUUCUCAGUGGGAUUUUGAGUAAUACGAGACUAAUCAUUUUUUGCAAGAAAAACUUAAAUCUUUGGACAUCAAUGUUGAUGAAUUGAUCUCUUUGUACCAUUCAUGUUAGGCGAAAACUAUUUUUUGUACCAUCAUAGCUCGAAAAACUAUUUCAAUGAACUCACUGAAAGUAACCUCUAUACAUAAUAUUUCUUAACAUAUAUAAUAGUUAUAAUCGUGAAGUUUGCUAUAAAUCUAGGAAUUCAUAUAAAACAUAGAAAUAUUGCAGGUAAUCCAUAAAUUAAAAUAUACAUAUUUCUAGUGACAGUGUUUUUGAUAUUUGGGCCUUUAAAAACUUAUUAUCACACCAACAGGUGAUGGGUGGUUCCAGUACUAUCAAUUUGAUGAUGUACAUCCGUGGAAACGCAAGAGACUACGACGAAUGGGCAGAAGAAGGAAAUUAUGGCUGGAGUUACGAAGAAGUUUUACCAUACUUUCUGAAAUCAGAAAAUAACAAAAAUCUAGAGAUAGUAGAGGAAAAUCCACACUACCAUAGUCAAGGUGGUUACCAAUCGGUACAACGAUUCCCGUACAACGACAUCAACAACGAUAUCUUGCUGCAAGCAUGGCAAGAACUCGGUUACGAACUCGUAGAUAUCAACGCAAAGACCCAAUUAGGUGUGAUGAAUCUACAAACAACUUCCGCUAAUGGAACACGUCAGAGCACCAACAAAGCUUUCAUACAACCCAUCAGAUGCAAACGCAAGAAUCUAAAUAUUAAGACAGAAUCAUACGUUACGAAAUUGCUUGUAGACAAAAAAAUGAAACGUGUAAUAGGCGUAGAAUAUGCUUCAGAAAGCAACCGAACUAAGUUAAACAGAGUUUUUGCUAAAAAAGAA